AUGCCCCGCUCGUCCCCGCUCCUGCACCAAUUGCGCACCUUUGCCACGUCCCUCAGACCAAUCCCCAGCAAGCGAUUACAUUACGUCCUUCCUCGGCCUGCCGCCGUAUCCGAAAUGGGUCUGCGGUUCGGGGGCAAGAGGGGAAUAUCAUCCACUCCACCGCGAUAUCACGGCGACCUCGUUCGGCCUGAGCCUGGUACCGGCAUCAAGCUGAUAUUCCGGGACUCGAACGGCGCCGAUAUCAAAACCGUCGAAGGCAACGAAGGCGACGACAUCCUCUCCCUGGCGCACGAAUACGAUGUCGACCUCGAAGGCGCAUGCGAAGGCUCCGUCGCAUGCUCAACAUGCCACGUCGUGAUAGACCCCGCCAGUUUCGACCUUUUGCCCGAGGCGGAUGAUGAGGAGAAUGAUAUGCUGGAUUUGGCUUUUGGUCUUGAAGAUACGUGA